CUCACCAAAGAGUACCUGGCAAUGCAGAAAUCAGCUCCUCCGUUCGUCUGGGCAUCUCCAGACGAGAAGAAUAUAUUGAACUGGCAUUACAUCCUUCGAGGACCACCGGACAGCCCCUAUCACGGUGGGGAGUACUAUGGACUACUUACCUUUCCCUCCGACUAUCCCUUCAAGCCUCCAGGUAUCAAGAUGUUUACCCCGAGCGGACGAUUCCAGCCGGACAAGAAGAUCUGUACGAGCAUGAGCGAUUAUCAUCCGGGAACGUGGAACCCUGCCUGGAGUGUGGCUACGAUUCUCACUGGUCUGUUGUCGUUCAUGCUGUCGGAUGAGAUCACCACAGGGUCGAUCACUACCACGGAUCUGGAUAAGAAGAUGUUCGCGAAGAAGAGU